CACGCCGAGCACAUUUCACUGCGACUCAAGGAAGGAGCUCCAUUCGAGCCGUGUUGUUAUUAUUCUGAGCUGUCAGCCACAAAGCUAACUAAACUUAAUAAGCAGUCAUGUCUUCAGACUUCGAGACCUACGAGCAGGACUUUGCCACCCUUACAGCAGAAGUAACUAACAAAAUUGGCCGAAUUCCCAAACUCAGUGGAGAGGAGAAGACGCAGCUGGUUCUAAAUGUCGACAAACAGCUCGAAGAAGUCAGAGAGUUGCUGGAGCAGAUGGACCUGGAGGUGCGGGAGAUUCCCAUCCAGAGUCGAGCCAUGUACAACAGCAGACUGAAGAGCUACAAGCAGGAAAUGGAGAAGCUCGAGAAAGACUUUAAAAGGUCACGCAUUGCCUACAGUGACGAGGUGCGCAACGAGCUCCUGGGGGAAGACGCCGGCUCCUCUGAGAACCAGUUGAUAAAGUUACGUGAAGAGCGAGCACAUCUGUUGGACAAUACAGAGAAGCUGGAAAGGUCAUCACGGAGACUGGAGGCUGGCUACCAGAUAGCAGUAGAAACUGAACAAGUGGGUCAGGAGGUUCUUGCCAACCUGCACAGUGACCGUGAGAAGAUCCAGAGAGCCAGAGAAAGACUGAGAGAAACAGACGCCAACCUGGGCAAGAGUUCUCGCAUCCUUACCGGCAUGCUGAGAAGGUAAGAGGCAGGAUCAUCCAGAAUCGGGUCCUGGUCUUCGUCCUUGGAGCCAUUAUUCUUCUUACCAUCAUCCUGGCCAUCUAUUUCAAUUUGCGGGGCCACUGAUCUCCCCUUUACACACACACACACACACACACACAUAUAAACCCCCCUUCCUGGUACAAAUACAAACACACACACACAUGCGUGAUUAAUAGCGACAAAAGCGUUGUUCUGCUGUAAUUAGGACAAAUGGUCCCCAUGAAUCACUGUUUCCAAAGCCUGACAGGGAGCUUUUUCCACAUCUUUCUCCUUUCCUGUCUGCUGUCUCCUCCUCUCUUUCUUUCCCUCGCUACCUUUUUUCCUCCACUUUGCACUUCCCCUUCUCCUUCUUUUAUUUCUUUUUUUUCCCCUCUCCUCUUCAGCUGUGUCCUCCUUCUCUCUGUCAGGCUGUCCUUUACAUCUCCAGAGAUGAGAAGGGGGGGGGGGAGAAGUUUUUAUGAUAGUCAAUAUGUUUCAUGGCGUCAUUCUGAGUGUGGUUCUGCAGCUCAUCCUGUCCCGAAGUGUACGAGGCCCGGGGAGUUUCUGUAACUAGAAGCAGAUUCAGAUAUGUAGAUGUUUUUUUUUGUGUGUGUGUGUGAUAGAGGUGAGUCAAGUGUUAUUUAGGGCGCAUGUGUGCAUGCACGAGAGACAGAGCGGUACAGGAGGGUCGCACAUAUGUACAGUAUCUAUGUUUGCGCAUGUGCACAAGUGACAGUCGUGGCUUUUUAUUAGUUAUUAACCCCAAGAGUGGACACACACAUACACUGCUGUGUGUCUGAGUGUCUGUCACUAAAUGAUUCAGCUGUUCUUCAUGUAGCAGCACAGAGGACAGUGCCUUUAGAGAAGCUAUGCUGUUCACACUUCUCCAUCAAAAAGCUCAGCUGAGCCCAAAAUAGACACACAGUGCUGCUUUGACAAGAGAGGAUGCACAUGGAGAAGUUGAGGUCAGUUCAGUCAAUCAAGUUAAAAGCACAUUUCUGUUUAUGUUGAAUUAUUGCUUUCAAGAACAAAUAUAUAAGAUAUUUCAUGAGAAUUUGCAGAUUGAAGAAGAUUAACUCUUUUCGUAGGUUUUAAUACAAAAGCAAAACUGGCCCCAAUCUUAUAGAGACUUAUAAUAAAGAGAAAGAUUUGUUCAUGCAUUAUAAUCAGCUUUAAUAUCCACACUUAGUAAAACUCCCCUGCACCUCUGAAAUCAUCCCAGAUCUUUUAUCAUAAAUGCUCAUACUGUAUGUACUAACAUUUAAAUGUACACCAUGUGUUGUGUUUUUGCUGUCAGUACCAGUGAUUAUGUUACUAUUUAUUUAUAAAUGAAAUUUACAAUUAAAGUCUGUGCUACAACUGCAUACUUUAUAAAGUUAAUAGGCAUUCAGAAUUAACGUUAAUCGCAUUUUUCUUUUCAUGAUUUUGGGUGUUCAGUGACUGCACACCAGGACCAACAGAGAUGUUUUUGGUUUUUAGUUUUGUGUCUUGAAGUUUUUAUUUUUCUCCUGUUCUUAUAAAUGGAUCUAACAUGUUA